AUGGAUGUCCCUGUCGGACAUCGGCAUACAAACAUACAGAGUCACAAGUCCCUUCUGCAAAAGAAGUUUCAGUGUUUAUCUGAGGGAAUCUCAAAGCAGGGAAACCCCACACUCCUCACAGAGCUCUACAUCACAGAGGGGGGAAGUGGACAGGUCAAUGAUGACAAGGUCAGACGGACCGAGGCAACAUCCAAGAAAUCAGAAACAUACAACACACCAAUCAAAUGUAAUGACAUCUUUAAACCCUUACCUGGACAAGACGAAGCCAUCAGAACUGUGCUGACAAAGGGAGUGGCUGGCAUUGGAAAAACAGUCUCUGUGCAGAAGAACAUUAUAGAAUGGGCUGAAGAAAAAGCCAAUCAGGAUGUCCACUUCAUAUUUCCUCUUCCUUUCCGGGAGCUGAACCUGAUGAAGGAGAAGAAACUCAGUCUGGUGGAGCUUCUUCAACACUUUUUUAGUGACAUUAAAGAUUUCAGUAUUCUUAAUGAUGACAAGUUCAAAUGGUUGUUCAUCUUUGAUGGUUUAAAUGAGAGUCGGAUUCCUCUAAAUUUCCAAUCCAACCCCACGUGUUGUGAUGUUUCCACCUCUGCCACUGUGUCUGUUUUGCUGACAAACCUCAUCAAGAGGAAUCUGCUUCCUUCUGCUCUCCUCUGGAUCACCUCCAGACCAGCAGCAGCCAAUCAGAUCCCUCCUGAGUGUGUGGACCAGGUGACAGAAGUACUAGGGUUCAAUGACCCCCAAAGGGAGGAGUACUUUAGAAAGAGAGUCAGUGAUGAGAACCUAGCGAACAGAAUCAUCACAUACUUGAAGUCAUCCAGGAGCCUCCACAUCAUGUGCCACAUUCCAGUCUUCUGCUGGAUUGCAGCUGCUGUUCUAGAGAGAAUGUUGAGUGUAACAGAAAGUGGAGAGAUCCCCAGGACUCUGACUCAAAUGUACACACACUUCCUGAUAUUCCAAACAAAUAUCAAACGUAAGUACACAGACACAGAUGAAGAAAUUAUUUUCAAACUGGGGAAACUUGCCUUUCAGCUGCUGGAGAAGGGUAACCUGAUCUUCUAUGAGGAGGACCUAAAAGAGUGUGGCAUUGACAUCACAGAAGCAUCAGUGUACUCAGGAAUGUGUACCAAGAUCUUCAGAGAGGAGGUUGGGCUGUACCAGGGGAAGGUGUUCUGCUUUGUUCAUCUCAGAAUUCAGGAGCAUCUUGCAGCUUUAUAUGUGUACCUCAUAACCCGUAAAGAAAAUGUUCUAAAGCCAGUCACCUUUAGAUCCAAACUUACUAAGUUUUUUGGACAUGUGUCUGAUUCUUUGUAUGACCUGCACAAGAGCGCAGUGGAUCUUGCCUUAGAGAGCAAGAAUGGACACCUGGACCUUUUCCUCCGCUUCCUUCUUGGACUCUCACUGGAGUUCAACCAUAAUCUCUUAAGAGAUCUACUGCCGCAUUCAGACAGUCAAUCACAAAGCACAGCUAAAACUGUCCAGUACAUCAAACAGAAGAUCAGAGAGAAUCCCUCAUCAGAGAAAUGCAUCAAUCUGUUCCACUGUCUGAAUGAGCUGAGUGACCCGUCCCUAGUGGAGGAAAUCCAAAGGUACCUCUUAUUUAGUCUAGGAGGUCUAAAAGCCCAGUGGUCAGAUGUGGCCUUUGUGAUACUGACCUCAGAACAGGAGCUGGAUGAGUUUGACUGUAGGUACUACUACAACAGAUGGGAACGUCAGAACGAGGAAGGUCUGCUGGGGCUGAUGCCUGUCAUCAAGGCACACAGAUCAGCUCGGCUGAUAUAUAUAAACCUGGCAGAGAAAAGCUGUUCCUCUUUGGCUUCAGCCCUCAGUUCAGGCUCAAGUCUCAGACAGCUGGACCUGAGUGACAGUAAUCUACUGGACUCAGGAGUGACACUUCUUAGUGCUGCAUUAAGAAAUCCAAUCUGUAAACUGGAGGCACUAGAGCUGUGGACCUGUAACCUGACAGAGAAAAGUUGUUCCUUUCUGGCUUCAGUUCUGAAUUCAGGCUCAAGUCUCAGACAUCUGAACCUGAGUGUCAAUAAGCUUCUGGACUCAGGAGUGACACUUCUUAGUGCUGCUUUAGGAAAUCCGCUCUGUAAACUGGAGACACUAAAGCUCGGUAACUGUAACCUGACAGAGAAAAGCUGUUCCUCUCUGGCCUCAGCCCUCAGUUCAGGCUCAAGUCUCACAGAGCUGGCCCUGGAUUUCAAUAAACUGCAGGACUCAGGAGUGGCACUACUGAGUGCGGCAUUAAGAAAUCCACUAUGUAAACUGGAGACUCUAAUGCUGUGGGGCUGUUACAUGACAGAGGAAAGCUGUUCCUCUCUGGCUUCAGCUCUCAGUUCAGGCUCAAGUCUCAGACAGCUGAACUUGAAUGGCAAUAAACUGUGUGACUCAGGAAUGACACUUCUAAGUGCUGCUUUAAGAAACCCACUCUGUAAACUGGAGAAACUAGAGCUUAAUGGCUGUAACCUGACAGAGAAAAGCUGUUCCUCUCUGGCUUCAGUCCUCAGUUCAGGCUCAAGUCUCAGACAGCUGGACCUGAAAGGCAACCAUCUGGAGCAGUCAGAUGUUCAAACCCUCCUUGCCUUUCAGAGGAACCCACAGUGUAAAUUACAGCACAUAGAGUGGCAAUGGUGA